UGACUGUAAGGACAUUGGAUUCUAAAAUAUGUAGACACUUAGUGGAAUCUAUGCUUCUUUCUUCCACACAGUGUUCCCACUCAUUCAUUAAAUGCCGCUCAUUUUAUGAGAAAGAGUUAUUUUGACUUAACCAAAAUGGCCGUGGGUAAUCCAGUGACUCCUCCAGCGUAACAUAUCCAUGCAGUGGGACAGGGCACCAUCACUCCAAUGUGAGUGAAAGCUGCAGCUUUUCCAGUCACAUGAGGGUGCCCAGCAGACGUGCGGUUUGGACAGUCAGUCGGAAGUUUUCUUGACGUUCCACAUCUUAUCUCGAUUUCCACAGUUCCCCUUAACUGAUAUUUCUAAAUUGCAUUUUGGAUGGUGCAAUUCUUAUAGCAAUUCUUAAUCCACAGUUGUUAAGAGUCAGCACAACUUUUGCUAUGUUGGAAGAUUGCUCACACUCAGAACUGUCAUCAGUGACAGUUCAUGGUGACAGCUCUUGACCGUGGCCUUCUUUACAAUUGGAGCAGUGCACACAGUGUACACAGAUCAGGCAUAACAUUAUAACCGCCAUCCUAUUAUUGUGCAGGUGUCCCUUGUACGUCCAAAACAGUGGGACUCCUCAGAGAAUGGACAUGGGCCUUCUGCAUGUGCUACUGGUGUGUCUGGCAACACAAUGUUAUUGGUGAUUUUUUUUUUUUUUUUUUUUUUAGGUCUAUGCGGGUGGUAUAUGUCUAAGAACACCCACGUGAAUGCCAGGUCCAGACGUUUCCCAGCAGAACAUUGAAUUGUCACAAGAUGGUCAAUGUGUCAGUGUGACAGUGUGGUAACAAUGUGGUCCUGUCAGUGGUUAUAAUGUUGUGGCUGAUCUUUGCAUGCCUCUGUUACCGCUGCUGUUGCAUUGACUUGUUUUCACCUUAAAAAUAAAGCAAAUGUGCAAUUUGUUCAGGCGUGGCCAACAUUCUUACAUACAACUGUAUUUAACCCUAAAUAAUGAAUGGUUUGAGGCAGCAAAAGGUAAAAAUUAAAUUCAUUUUACAUAAAAAAUAACAAUAUUUAAGGGAAAAGCCAUGGAUAUAACUUGAUGUGUAAUUUAUAAAAUGAUAUGUUGCUUUGAUUGUGAAAUGAAGAGAUCGCUGUCAGAGACAUAUUCAAUUCUUGGUUUUCUCACAGAGAAAGUAAGUGAUUUAUUUUAUUUUUUUUUUCCCAGCAACUCUUUCGAUGCUUUUCAUUGGCCCUCCUCGGCUGUCAGUCAGAAAGUGGGCGGGUUCAUCUGACAGCGAUACUUCCAGUAAGUCCUCACAUGCUGAACAACACAGAGUCAACAGGCUGUACGAGGCGCACACGGAACAUCACUACGACUGGAUGACAAAAACAAACCCGCGGGUCAACACACUGUGGGCACCUAUCUAACUUUACUUCACUCUGAAGGCCUUUUUUCCCCCCCAGAAACGCACUUUUUUAUUGCUGUCAGUUCAGAUUUUAUUUUUUAUUUUUUUGCUUUUUUUUUUUUUUUUACCGGCUUGGGAUGUGACUUUCUGUGCAGACUUUGCGCCCAGGAGGAGCACCGAUUUCGCCGGCCAGAUUGAUCGCUCACACAUUUCAAAGCCGAAGUUGCGACUUAAUCUGAGGGGCGACCACAUUUACAUGACAUUGUGACACUUUCUUUCGCUUACCUCUCGACCAUGGCGGAAGCGGCCCAGCAGCCACACCUGGUGGAAAUCGACCCGGAUUUCGAACCCCUGUCGCGGCCCCGGUCGUGCACUUGGCCCUUGCCCCGGCCGGAGUUCAUCAACCCGGGCGACUCCAACACAUCCUCGCCGGUGCCGUCUGUGAAGCAGGAGCCCUCCGGCAACGAGUUCAUCAGCAACCUGAGCCUGCUGGAGGAGACCGAGGACUUCGCGGAGCAGAAGCCCGUCAUCCUCUGCUCUGAUUUCCAGUGUCAGGAGAACUGCGUCCACCAGCAACCUCCACAGCAGCAUCAGCAACAACAGCAACAGCAGCAGCAGCAGCAGCAGCAGCAGCAUCAGCAACACCCGAACCCGCAACUCCCGCAUCAGCAGCAGGUGCCUCUCCUCUCCACCCCGGUGGGCUCGUCGUCCUCGGCGGCCGCGGCCGCCGCUGCCGCCGCCGCUGCCCAGAGGAAGAGCAGCUCCUCCCGGCGAAACGCAUGGGGGAAUAUGUCAUAUGCAGACCUCAUAACCAAAGCUAUCGAAAGUUCUCCGGAGAACCGAUUAACUCUGUCUCAGAUUUAUGACUGGAUGGUGAAGAGUGUGCCUUAUUUCAAGGACAAAGGAGACAGCAACAGCUCUGCUGGAUGGAAGAACUCCAUUAGACACAACCUGUCCCUGCACAGCCGCUUUGUUCGAGUGCAGAACGAGGGGACGGGGAAGAGCUCGUGGUGGAUGCUAAACCCGGAGGGUGGGAAGAGCGGCAAGUCCCCGAGACGCAGGGCCGCCUCCAUGGACAACAACAGCAAGUUCUCAAAAAGCAGAGGAAGAGCAGCAAAGAAAAAGCUGUCCCUGCAGGGCGGCCCUGAUGGAGGCGCAGACAGCCCGGGCUCCUACUCAAAGUGGCCCGGCAGCCCCAACUCUCACAGCAACGACGACUACGAGGCGUGGAACAGCUUCAGGCCUCGGACCAGCUCCAACGCCAGCACCCUGAGCGGCCGCCUCUCGCCCUUCAUGCCUGAGGACGACCUCGGAGAGGCGGACGUCCACAUGGGCUACCCCGGGGCCCCCGGUGCGAAGAUGACAGCGACUCUGCCCAGCCUCACAGAGAUGACGGGCUCGCUGGGACACAGUUCCGAGAAUGUCAUGGAGAACCUGCUCGACAACCUGAACUUGCUCUCUCCCAAGAACUCUCAGGUGGGAGGAGGCGCGACAACCCCUGGCUCCUCCCAGUCCUCGCCCUCUUCUAUGAUGCAACCGAGCCCUGGGUACCCAGCUUACAGCUCCCCCAGCAUGGCCUCUCAGUCUCAGCAGGAGUACCACAAGUGCGUGUAUGGCCAGGCAGGAAUGAACACCCUGUCACCCAUGCCGCUGCAGACGCUGCCAGAGAGCAAACCCAGCUUCGGGCCCAGUAUGGGCCAGUACGGCUGCACCGCUGGACUCCUGAAGGAGCUGCUGACGUCAGACACGGACCAGCACGGAGAGCUCAUGCCGUCAGUGGACACCGUGGUGUCUCAGUCCAGCGGAGGCUGCAUGCUGCCGCCUUACAGCAGCACCCAGCACGCGGCCAAACUCAUGGUGGGAGGAAACGGUCACCCUCACGGCCUCUCUCACACUCACCCCCAUAAUGUGCACAGUCAGGCCCCGGCCUCAUCACCAGCCAUGAACGGCCGCUUGCUCAUGUCCCUGAGCUACAACGGGGGCAGCUCACGUUUGCCCGCAGCCAAAAGCCCUAUGCAGAUGCCUUACGGCCUCUCCGGCCACCUCAGCGGAGGGGGCAUGCCCGGCGGCUUCUGUCCCCUCAACACCAACGGAUACGGUCGACCGGGCCUGCUGGCACAGUCGCACCCGGAGAAGCUGCCCAGCGACCUGGACGACAUGUCCAUCGAGAAGUUCGAGUUUGACAUGGAGACGGUCCUCCAUGAAACUCUGAUGGACGGAGACUCGCUGGACUUCAACUUUGAGCCCGUGGCGACCCAACAAGGUUUCCCGCACGGGGUGAAGACCACCACGCACAGCUGGGUGUCAGGAUAGGGGCAGCGCUGCAGCUGCUCAGCUCACUCGUUGAUGCUGUUUGGUAAAAGACACAAUCAGAACUGAUACGGGACUAAAAUGUAUCUUCAGGUGCAUUCAAUCCUCAUCCCAACAUCACCUGCAGUUCCUGCUCCAUCAACAUUCCUGUUUCAGAAAGUUCUUUUUAGGAUCCCUUCAGCAGAUUUAUCAGCAUUCAAGCUCCGCCGAGGACGGAAUCAGGAUUAUUUUUUGAAAUAGUCUGUACAAACAAAGUGCCAAACAUUCUGCCUUAACAUAAGAGCCAAACUGGAACACACCUCUCUGGUCUACCCACAAAGGUUACACAAACCGAACAGCAGCUGAUACUGUAACUUUUGCAAGGGACACUGCCAACUACAUCUCAUCAGCCGCAGCACAAUCCGAAGACGUGCACAAACUCAUGCCAUGCUGUUUACUGUGUGUCAUCAAUCAAGCUAUUUCUACGUGCAAGUAAUGAUAAUUGAUUACCGCUAUGGACGAAUUAUGACGGUAAUCCGGCUCAUGGGUUUGUGGACUGACAUGAUGGAAAAAAAAAAAAGAAAAAAAAAGAAAAAAAAAGUGAGAGAUUUCUCCUCGCGUGAUGUUACAUAAUAACUUACUUAUUGCCUGAAUGUACAUAAUGUAAUCAUACGGUUUGUAAAAUCAGGUCUUGUCGUGUAUUUUUAAAGGUUGUAAAUAGUGUUUACAGAAUGGAAGCAAAAAUCAAGGCAGCAGAAAUGAGCUCGCAGAGAGGAAAAAAAAAAAACAAAAAAAAAAACUGGAUCCCGAUUCUUUUAAACACGUGCUGAGAGAUCUGUGCUCGAGAUCAAUCAGAAUGUAAAAUGAAAAUACACUUUCUGAUUUCUCGUGCGUAUAUAUCAAGAAUGUACAUUAAAAUGAUGUAGUAGAUGUUUACUAGAUUUAGUAUAUAUUUGAGGCAUAAGUUAUUUGUGGUUAAUAUAGAUUUAUGCUGGUGCGUAACCUGCACUCAGACAUCAGAACUGUUCUGAGUCAUUCGUCACUCUGAACCUUAAUACCACAGGGGCCUAUUUAUUGUGCCUAACAAAGUAGAUUGCGACUGCGGGCUUGAAGGGUUUUAUAUUUGUAAAUGUCUACGGUCCGGAAGAUACUCAAAUCCAGCAGUCUUGAAGAAAAGAACGGUGAUUAUUUUCAGUUUCCUGCUUUCACUUUUCUGUACAAAAUCAAGACCGUAACUUGUUAUUGUUGAGGUUUCCCCCAACACUUGCUUUUUUUUUUUUUUUGGCGCUGUGAAUGUUACAAGGUCGAGGUAGCUUGGAUAAACGAUAUUCUCAGCGCUACUGUUGUUUUCACACCGAGGCUGAGUAAAACCAUCAUGCAAGAAGCUGUGAGCUACCAGCCUGUGUCCUCUCCAGCUUCGGAACUUUUUGGCGUUUUCCUUCUUCGUCUCAAAUGGUUAGAUUUACAUUAGUGUCUGACGCUGUCGUUAAGAACAGCCCUACUGCUUUCACUCUGGCCCUCCUACCUCUGCCUAUCAUUAUGUCUUUUUAAACAUUUGAUAUAAUGGUUACUUGUGACUUGAUAGCGCCAUCUUUUUUUAAACGACAGGUCGAUUUUGAAUUAUCGCCGUUUAAACUUUCCCCCUAAUAAGAAGCGCCACUAAGUGUUAAAUAUCGGAUCGUAUGUUAGCUUGUAUAUUUGCAUUGUUCCCGACUUGCUUUCCCCACUUAUUGCUGUACUAAUGAGAAAAAAAGUUUCAGCCCGUCAGUGAUUUAUUAUGCAGUCAAAAAUAGCGCACAAGACUGUGGCGAUCUUUGUGAAGAAUCCGUCUGUGAACACGACUGCUUCUCAUGAAGUCGACUGGUUUGGUGACUUGAAAAACGAAAUGGCUUCUUUGACAUUAGUGUCUUUCGUAUGAUUUACCCCGUAAAAAACUAUAUUAGUAGGUGAUCCUGGUUUUCAUUUAAAGCUGUAGUGCAGAACUUUUGUCACCUCAUUUUGGUUGUAAGAGUAACUGUGCAAACACCGUCAACAUGUGCUCUUAUUUCAGUGCUCUCGGGUGAGAAAAAACAAAACACCAAUGAUAAUCCAUGUUAAUACGUUUAUUUUUUUAGAUGUUUUCUUUGUUUAAUCUGGUGAAUGAGAAACUUUGCUCGGAUGCUUAGGUAAUAUUUUAUCUUUCCUGUCUGCCAGAGAAAGGGAAUUCGUAGAACUCAGGUUACAUUAGUAACCACCAUCCUCCUUUCACACACAUGUCACCAAAACAAAACAAAACAAACAAGAAAAAACUGAUUUAAAACUUUGGUAUACUGCAAAAUAAAGAUUUAAAGAGCACUUUUUUUUCUGACGUUAAUUUUUCUGUUAAGGUUUUGCACUAUAGCUUUAAGCCAUCUGACAAGUGAGUUAACCUCCAACCACAGGGGAACGCUUUCAAAACACAUUUUGGUUGAAGCGACAUACACCCAACUAAACGGCCUGAUUCAGCUGACACUGAUUUUAAGUAGAUAAGCAAGUAUAAAAAUAAAUAAAUAAAUAAAAAAAGAGUAAAAUGAAAUUAUUAGCAUUUCAAAAGGCAGGGGAGCCAUUAAAGAAGCUGCUGUUUGGCUUUGUCGCCAAGUGUUGCCUUUUCUAACCCAAACAUGCCAUAGUGUACUAUAUAGCCAAAUCUGCCUUUGCAAGUGAUAUAUUUAGCCUUUUUAUUAUGUGAUGUGUUCAGAACUAUAUAUAUUUGUGCCGGUCACUCAAGUCAGGAUGAACUGUAAUGAAUCCACGUAGGUUCACUCUAAAAGUUAAAGAGCUGUACUAAGUAAAUUAUAUCUUUACAUUUUUAAAUGAUUGAAUCUAUGCAUUGUAUUCUUAAUUUUAUGUUGCUAUUGUUAUAUUUUUCUUUUUCUUUUGAACUUUUAACAGAGAUAUUUUAUUGUAACAUAGCGCUGUGAGAUGUUAUGGUGUCGUUGUUGUCAAAACUCUAUGUUCCAGAUAGUUAUAUGGGGGAAAAAAAUGAAGUUUAUUUAGAAACUAGAUGAUGCAGUGAUUGAUACGCUAAGCUUUUGUAAACUGACAAUGUCGUUUUUAUUGUAUUCAGCUACAGUUUUUAGAAAAUAGCCUCAAAAAAGCAAAUUACUGAAAAAAAAUGUAAAGAUAUAUUGCAUUUUUAAAAUGAAAAACAAUAUUUAUUUGUCAGAGAAGUACUGCUAAAAAAAGAAAAAAAAAAUGCAGAUUCUGGACCAAUUUAGAUAUUGCACUUUUACUUAUAUUUUAUAACAAAGGGCUCCUCGUAGCAAGAGGAAAAGUUCCCAUUUCAUAUUUUAAAAUAAAAAUAAUCUGUUACAUUUACCUUACACAGGCAGGUAUACAUGAUAAAUUGGAAGUGUGACAUGUGAUUUGCAAUCAAUAAGUAACUUGUUCAAUAUUAAUGUAUUAAGACCUAAAUAAAUGUACUUCUGUGUAAAA